UCCCAUUCUCGUGUGUUUUUCUGUACAAUUUAAUAAUAAUAUUUUCAGCCAGUGCUGAAUAAACCAGAUCGUGGUUAAAUACAUUUGUGUGCAUUGCUAACCGGAGCAACAUUUGAAUUGUUGUAGCAACGCAAAAGCAGCUACGACAAACCAUCCCAGCUAGCGAGAAUAAGAAUGAAGCGUGAAAUGAACGAUGCAGGAGACGGACCACAGGACCAGAAGCGCAACCGCCGCAAUGAGGACACCGUGCGCAUACUAAUCCCAAGCAGUAUCGCUGGCGCUGUGAUUGGCAAGGGAGGACAGCACAUCCAGAAGAUGAGGACUCAGUAUAAAGCAGCUGUGUCUGUCGACGAUUCCCAAGGCCCCGAACGGACCAUCCAAAUCUCGGCGGAUAUCGAGGCCACUCUGGAGAUAAUCACCGAAAUGCUAAAAUACUUUGAAGAGCGCGAUGAGGACUUUGAUGUGCGCCUAUUGAUCCAUCAGAGCUUGGCCGGCUGCGUUAUAGGCAAAGGUGGACAGAAGAUCAAGGAGAUACGCGAUCGCAUCGGCUGCCGCUUCUUGAAGGUAUUCUCCAAUGUGGCUCCGCAGAGCACAGAUCGCGUGGUGCAGACGGUGGGCAAGCAGGCCCAGGUCAUCGAGGCGGUGCGCGAGGUGAUCACCCUCACCCGGGACACGCCCAUCAAGGGGGCUAUUCACAACUAUGAUCCGAUGAACUUCGACCGCGUCUAUGCGGAUGAGUACGGCGGCUAUGGCACCGGCAGUGGCAGCACUCGGCCCAGCCAGCGAGGAGGCAACCGCAACGGGGGAGCAGGAGCGGCUGGUGCUGGUGGCGCUGCUGGUGGCGGCAACGGCGGAGGAUUCGGCGGUAAUGCUGGCGGAGGACGCGGCAGUGGCGGUGGAGGACGUGGCGCCGAACGCUUUGGUGCAGGCGCCGGAGGCGCUGGCGUAGGAGGAGUCGGCGGAGGUGGCGGCAUGGGACAGCGGGACAAUCCCUUCAUCAACCCGUGGGCCAACGGCGGUGGCGGUGAUGUGGAUGGCUUCGGCAAUGCUAGUGGCGGUGCCGGCGGCUUUGCAGGCGCUGGUUUUGGCGGAGGCAGCGCCGGACCCUUUGGCGGUGGCGGCAGCUUUGGCAACAACGGCUUUGGCGGCGGUCCCGGUGACUUUGGAGGCAACAACGGCAGCUUUGGCCAGAGCCAGGGCAGCAACAGCCUGCCGAGUCUUGGCAACUUCAGCCAGAGCCAGGGCGGCACCAAUAGUCUGCCCAGUCUGGGCAGCUUUGGCCAGAAUCAGGGCGGCAACAGCGCCUUGGGCAACGGCCUGGGUGGCGGCAGUGCCAACAACGGGGGCGUUGGAGCCCUGGGCGAUGCUGGCGGCGGCAGCGGCGGCAACGGAAGCCCGAAUGCUCCGACCAAUGUGCCGCAGGGUCAUGACCCCAACAACAGCACACAGGUCACCAUUCCAAAGGAGUUGGCUGGCGCCAUCAUUGGCAAGGGAGGCGGCCGCAUCCGCCGCAUUCGGAGCGAGUCCAGUGCGUACAUAACCAUCGACGAGCCCCUGCCCAACUCGAACGAUCGCAUAAUCACCAUCUCGGGCACGCCCAAGCAAAUACAAAUGGCCCAGUAUCUGCUGCAAAAGAGGUUGGUGUCGCAAACAGACUAAGCAGAUCAAAUGUGCACGAGAAUGGCAGACGAAACAUUUAAGUGGGCAAAUACAACUUUACCAA